AUGAUCCCUAACCACGUACUAGUGCUAGGUGCUCCUAAUACGGGGAAAAUAAGGAUAUGUGAACUUAUAUCGUCUCGAAAGUUGGACUUCAGUUCUGUUGAUUCUAAAUCUCAUAGUGGACUUAUAUUUAAAACGGAUUUAUCCACCAAGUAUUAUUCACUGAAGUUAAAUUUGUUAGUUGAUGAAUAUCCUCAACAUCGUGAUAGCUUAGAAUGUGACCUGGAAGAAGAAGAAGUGAAGAUCAAUGAGUUGAAAGCUUGGCGUAAAGAGUUUUUAUCUGAUGGUUACCGGGAAUUGAGGGAAGCAAUAGAUGGCUUGAUAUUUUGUGUUCGUAUUGACCAAGUCUCCUCGAAGCACAUAGAAGAAAGCUUGCAUGUAUUUUCUGACGUACGAGACAAAUUGAUAGAAGACAGGGGCGAUGGUUUAUUUAGUGUGGUGGUGGGAAAUUCAAAUACAAGGAAGAUUAACGAAGAAGUAGAAGAUUUAGUAAUUCCUUUCGGAUUUGAGUAUAUAAACUUAUUCGAAAAAGGUGAAGAUGAAUUUAGAGUUAAGAUUGGACAGGAUAGAUUGCUUGAAAUAAUUGAGACUAACGAAUGGAGUCAGAUGGAUUUGAAGAAAAUUGGAGAUCCAGAUGCUUAUAAUGCAAAGAAGCGAAAUGAUAUGAGCGAUAUGACCCGAGGUUUAUUAAAUGACCAAGAAGGAGAAGAAGAAAUACUCUCAAAAGAAAUAGAUCUAGAAGAGGUGUUGAUGAAAGUGCAACAAGCGAAACAAGAUGUUAAGGAUAUGGAUGAUGAUCAGAAGGAAGCUUAUACAAAUAAGGUGAUUAAAGAUAUUAUUGACUUCAUAUAA